UCAUUGGUAGACUCAGUAGCAUAUAAUGUUUCCACUAUAUCUUAACGCUUUCUGUAUUUAUUGCAAUAGACAUGUUUUUUUUUUGUUUGUUUUUCGUUUUGGUUUUUGAGACAGGGUUUCUUUGUGUAGCUUUGGACCCUAUCCUGGCACUCGCUCUAGAGAUCAGGGUGGCCUCGAACUCACAGAGAUCUGCCUGCCUCUGCCUCUACAAUAAUCCAUGUGUUCUUUGAGACAGCAACGAGACGUGACUGAACUUUUAGAAAGAAUACAGAAGUGUAAGACAGUCCUAUGCUCAGUACUUGAAAACAGAAAGCAGAAGAAUUUAAACAGGAUUCCUCCAGUGAUAUUUCUUAUCAAAUUCUUCAGUAUAGUUAGUGUUUCCAUUUUGCAUAUCUUGAAUUUUUCUCACAAUUAAAAACAUGUCCCGGCUGUUGGUGGCACACGCCUUUAAUCCCAGCACUUGGGAGUCAGAGGCAGGCGGUCUCCAUGAAUUUGAGGCCAGCCUGGUCCACAGAGUAGUGCCAGGACACGCUCCAAAGCUACACACAGGAAACCUGUCUUGAAAAUCCUAAAACAAAACAAAACAAAAAAAUUGUUCCUGAUCUUUUAAGUUAGUGUAGGAUCCUGGCCCAUAGAUGCCACCUGUCUGUUGUGUUAGAAGGCAUUCUCUUGUUACACUUGAAUCAUGAUGACUUAAUACUAGUACACAAUUCACUUGUAUUUGAUUAAUCUGAAGUAGGAUUGGGAUAGUUUGCAAUAUUUUUACUCUAACAUGAGUCUGUGAAGUAUGAUUAUUCUUUAAUCGCCUUCCCUCUAUACAUAUCUUCAUAUUUUAGCUUCCUUUUUCCCAGGGGCAAAUACACAGGCACACUUAUGGGAAAUAAUCUCAGGAGUCAAUGUACAGAGUGGACCUGAGAACAACCCUAUGAGGAAAGUUAAGAGACACAGCAGUGUGUGGAGCUCAGAAAGGGAAGGAUAGAAAUAAGCAAUAGCUGCCCGUGACAGCCCUGCCUCAAUCUAGCUGGAGGUUCUGAUGCCUGGCAUCAUGGUGCCUUUGCAUCCAUUACUUUUCGGGAAGCUGCUGGUUUUUUGUUUUUUGGGUUUGUUUGUUUGUUUGUUUGUUUGUUUGUUUGUAUGUUUGUUUUCUAGAGAAAGAAAUAAACCUGUGAUGCUUUUGAGUAAGACUUUAAUCUUUUAAGGAAUUAAAAUGGUAUUGAAUGGUAAUCUUUAUUUGCUAUCAGUUAGUAUAUAUUCUGAGAAGAAAUAUUUAAAGAUGGAUACAUGUAUCCUAAAUAUAAUCACUUCAAGACUAACAGAAAGCUAAUUUAUAGCCAUUGAUUAUUUUUUUCCGUCUUUUUCCAGUUGAUAAAGAUGAGAUAUCUGUUAUAACUCAUUGACCUUUGAAGGUUGUCAUGCUGUGUUUGUGAGAAUCCAUUCAUCUACAGUGAAUGAAAACUGUCCAUUACUAGGAAUUGUAAUCUCAAUAGUUCAAAGUUCACGUAUGGUAACUAACAACUUGACAGUCAUUUAUCACAUGUUUAUUAUUGGAACAAGCCCUAUUAAUAUGAAGUAAUCUCAUUUUCAGAGAACUAUUACAAGUGUGAUCCUGUCCAUCAGCUCAUGGAGACUGAAAAGGAGUCUUGUCAGUAUAAUGAACUUGGCAAAGUGUUUCAUGACCCCUCCACAUGUGCACUUUAUAGAACAAAGGAAACUACAGAAAACUCUGAUAACUACACAUGCAGUAAUCACAGGUAUGCCUCUGUGAACUCAUCAAACCCAGACAGACAUGAAAGCAUGUACACUGGAGAAGAACCGUGCAGAUCUAAAGACUGUAAGAAAUCUAUGAAUAUGUGUUCCAGCAUUACUCAAGAUCAGACAAUGUACACCACAAGUAAAGAGCACAGGCAGGGAGAAUUUGAUGACUCCUUCAGCUCUACAUGUAGUCUUUUGCUACAACCAAUCUACACUGGAGAGAAACGACACCAGUGUGGGACAUGCGGGAAAUGCUUCAGUGCUGCCUCAAAACUCAUUGUACAUGAGAGAGUUCAUACUGGCAUUAAACCCUACAAGUGCAAUAUUUGUGAAAAAUCCUUUUCGCAGAAUGCAAGUUUUAAAGCACAUCAAAGAGUUCAUACUGGGGAGAAACCUUACAAGUGCCAAGAAUGUGGAGAGUCAUUUCGUUUCUUGUCAGCAAUUAAUUGCCAUCAGAAAAGGCAUGCUGCAGAGAAGCCUUACAAGUGCAAUGACUGUGACAGACACUUUCCUCACUAUUCAGCAUUGAGUAGGCAUAGGAAAACUCAUUCUCAAUUGAUUUGUGAAGAAUGUGGUCAGUCCUUUCUUAAAUUAUCACUUCUUAUUAGGCAUUACAGAAUUCACACUGGUGAAAAGCCUUACAAAUGUGAGGUAUGUGACAAAUGCUUUAACUGCAACUCAACUCUUAGAACACAUCAGAAAAUUCACACUGGAGAGAAACCUUACAGAUGUGAGGACUGUGACAAAUCUUAUACUUGCUGCUCACAUCUUAGAGCACAUCAGAAAAUUCAUACUGGAGAGAAACUUGCUAAAUGUAUAGAUUGUGACAAAUCCUUUAUCGAUAUCACAACUCUUAGAAAACAUCGGAGAGUUCAUACUGGAGAGCGACCUUACAGUUGUAAGGACUGUGACAAGUCCUACAGCACUCCCUCAAAACUUCGAAUACAUCAAAGAAUUCAUACUGGAGAGAGACCUUACAUAUGUGAGGAAUGUGGCAAAUCCUUUACCAGAUUAUCAUGUCUGAGAAUACAUAAGAGAGUUCACACUGGGGAGAAACCUUAUAAAUGUAUGGAAUGUGACAAGUCCUUUACACAGGACUCAAAUCUUAGAAGACAUCAGAGAGUACAUACUGGAGAAAGGCCCUAAAGCUGUCAGGUUUGUGACAAUUUUUUUUCCCCAAUCUUAUCUUUUAAGGAGACAUCAGAAACUUCAUACUGGAGAGAUACUUGACAUUUGCUAAGAUUAUGACAUAUCCUGUAUCUGAGGUCUUAGAAGACAUCAGACAGUUCAUACUGGAGAAUGACCUUACAGUUGUAAGGACUGUGACCAAUCUUCCAGUUGCUGAAAUCUUAGAAAGCCUCACAAUAUUCACACAGGGGUGAAACCCUACAAAUGUAUGGAAUGUGUCAAGUCCUUUACCCGGGACUUGAAUCCUAGAAGAUAUGCAAGAGUUCAUACUGGAUGUCGACUUUACAGUUGUUAGGAAUGUAACAAAUCCUUUGUCCUCUCUGCUGCUCUAUGGAAACAUCAGAAAAUCCAUAAUGGAGAGAAACCAUACACAUGCAAAGACUGAGCCAUCCUUUAUCCAGAUUUUGAAUCUUAGGAGACACUAGAAAUGUCAUGCUGGAGAGAAACUGACUGAUCAAAUAAUGUGACAUUGCAUUUUCCACUACGCACUGCUUACAAGUCACAACAGUUUACAAAAUACUCAGGGAGAGCAAUGAAAGAGAGAUCUUGAUAGAGGGAGCCAGUAUGGGUUUAGGGAGAAACCUUGUGCUGGAGAAAUUCACAAGAACCCACAUUGGUGACCCCAGCUAAGACUCCCAGCAAUAGUGUAGAGGAUGUCUGAAAGGACCUUCCCCUUAAUCAGAUUAGUGACUACCCUAAAUGUCAUCACAGAACCUAAAUCCAGUAAUUGAUGGAAGCAGAUGAAGUGACCACAGCCAAGCACUGGGCUGAACUACUGGAGUUAAGUUGAUGAGAAGGAGGAGCCAUUAUAUGAUCAAGGGGGUGGGUUAAGAUGAUGAUGGAGAAAACCAAGGAGAUAUCUGACCCCAGCUAGUAGGAGCUCACAGUCCAUGGACUGACAGAUGGGGAAUUGCAUGUGACUAAAAUAGGCCCUCUGAAAAGGGGUAACAGUUAUAUGCCCUGAUCUGUUGAGCGGGGCAGGUCUGGUAGUGGGACCAGAACCUAUCCCAGGUUCAGGUCUUUUAGAGGCCCAUUCCCCAUGGGAAACCUUUCAAGGUGGGACACCUUGCUCAGGCUUAACAUAAGGGGGAAGGGCUUUGUUGACUCCCCAAUGAAGGCCUUACCUCCUCUGAGGUAUAGAUUGGUUGGGGAACUGGGAGGGGUAGGAGAUGGGGAAGGAGGGGUAACUGGGGUUGCUAUGUAAAAUGAAAAAUAAAAAUUUUAGAUUAAAGAAAAUAGAAACAUAAUGGUAAGAAACUGGUGAAAGACUUUAUGAUGGUUUAUGUUUUUAACAUUUUCCUAGAGUGUAUAUUAAAAUGAAAUUCUGCAUAUAUAACAGUGAGAAGGUUUCCAUUUCUUUAAAUGUGUGUGCAUGCUUUGCUGGCAACUAUGUGUGCUACAUGUAUGCCUGGUAUAGGUGGAGGCCAGAAGGGUCAUCAUCCCCAGAAGCUGGACUUCCAGACAAUUGUGAACUGCCAUGCAUGUUGGAAAUUGAAUCCAAGUCCUCUGAUAGGGCAACCAGUACACUUCACCCCUAAGCUGUGUCUUCAGACCCUAUUAGAAAAAUGUAAUAAAAACAUGUACCGGCCCACCCUGAGUCUGGACACACUUCACCUCUCUCUACACUCUGCCCUCUGUCUUGGGGGGGGUCCCCGAGCCUCUGUUGAGUCUGGGAGCUGCUUUGCUCCCCCCCAACCUCCCCCAUCAACCCCUGCUCGCUUUUGCCUCAAUUCUCCCCCCUGCCCCCGCACUAGACAAGAGUGGAGCUGCCCAG